UGAGUCUGGGCGUUCUGCCGCCGUCAUCAUUAACUUCAUCAGACAUAACCUCAGAGGCCCAUCUUGGUGGUCUAUUCUGCUCAAUCUCCAGUGCCUUCGAGUCUUGGCUUUGAUCUUGAUCACGAACUCUGACGCAGCGCUCUGGUUGCCGUAUUUGGACGGCAUCCGCCACCACACUUCAUCCCGGAAACGGCCGCUCAGACGGUUUGACAUCAACCAAAGGUACCUAGGCUACCGUGACUGCCGCAGGCAUAUUUUGUCUCUUCUUGACCCCCCUUUUCCCACAUCAGAUGGUCUCGUCAGCCACCAAGAUGACGGACAGAGACAACAUGACAACCGACACAGAGCCCGAGAAAACGACCCCUUCGGGGCGGGCCUCUCCCGGCCCUGACCCUGCGCCGAGCCCAAUCCCGAACGUCAAAGCAACCACUACUGCCGCCACCACCACCACCAACAACAACAGCAGCAGCAACAAUGACGACAAUGACGACCCAUUCGCCUCCACGGGCGCCGGCAUCGACAGCGCGGACGUGGUGUACCCGACGGGGCUCAAGCUCGUGCUGAUCGUCGCGUCGCUGUGCCUGGCCGUGUUCCUGGUGGCGCUGGACCAGACCAUCAUCGCGCCGGCGCUGGGCGCCAUCACGGGCGAGUUCGGGUCGGUCAAGGACAUCGGCUGGUACGGCGCCGCCUACCUGCUGACGACCACGGCGCUGCAGCCGGCGUACGGGUCGCUGUACCGCAUGUUCAGCGUCAAGUGGACCUACCUGGCCGCCGUCUUCCUGUUCGAGGUGGGCAGCCUGGUGUGCGCCACCGCGCCGUCCAGCGAUGCCUUUAUCGUGGGCAGGGCGCUGGCCGGUGUCGGGACGGCCGGGUUGUUCUCUGGCGGUAUUGUGAUUCUGUCGUAUACCCUCCCGCUGCGGCAGCGGCCCAUGGCGUUCGGGCUGAUCGGUGCCAUGUGGGGGAUCGCGAGCGUCGCGGGGCCGUUGCUGGGCGGUGCCUUUACCGACCAUGUGACGUGGCGCUGGUGCUUCUACAUCAACCUGCCGAUCGGCGGCGCCGCGAUGCUGGCUCUGUACCUGUUCCUGCGGAUUAAGGUCACGCGCAACGCCGCCGGCCUGACGGUUGUCCAGAGGAUCCUGAGCCUGGACCUGCCCGGCACGGCGAUGCUGGUGCCGGCGAUUGUGUGCUUGCUGCUGGCGCUGCAGUGGGGGGGCACCGAGUACGCGUGGAGCAGCUCCGUCGUGAUCGGGCUGUUUGUCGGGUUCGCCGCCAUGAUCGUCAUCUUCAUUGGGAUCCAGAUCUGGAAGGGCGAUAAAGGGACGCUGCCACCGCGGCUGUUCAAGAACCGGGAUGUCCUCUGCGCCAUGCUCUUCGGCUUCUUCUUUGGCGCCGGCUUCUUCCCGCUGCUGUACUACUUGUCGUUGUACUUCCAGGCGAUUCAGCACGACACGGCCGUCCAGGCCGGCAUCAAGCUGCUGCCGAUGCUGAUCGCGGUCGUCAUCAGCUCGGUCAGCUGUGGCGGCCUGAUCAGCGCCGUCGGGUACUACAACCCCUUUGUCCUGCCUUCCAUGGUCCUGUUCACGGUCGGAGCCGGCAUGAUCACCACGCUGCAAAUCGACAGCCCGCUCCGGGUCUGGUUCGGCUACCAAGUCAUUGCGGGUCUCGGCAUUGGCGUCGGCUUCCAGACCGGCGUGCUCGUGGUGCAGAACAACGUUCCCCACGAAUGGAUCCCCCAGGCCACCGCCUGCGUGCAGUUCUUCCAGGCCAUGGGCGGCGCCAUUUUCAUCGCGGUCGCGCAGGCCGUCUUCCAGAACGGCCUCACCGAGCACAUCAAGCGGGACGUGCCCGGCAUCCCGCCCGAGGUCUUCAUCCACAGCGGCGCCUCGCAAAUUCCUCAGCUGCUCGAGGAGAUGCAGGCUACGCAAUACCUGGGCGCCGUGCUGAAUGCCUACCUCCAGGGCCUGCGGAACGCCUUCUUUAUUACCGUUGGCUGCGCCGCGGCUUCGUUUGUGGCAGCGUGUGGGCUCAGCUGGAAGAAGAUCCAGAAGAGAAAGGCGCCCGCCGCAGCAGAGGCCGAGAAGGGCGAGGCGGAUGUGGAGAGUACGAAAUAGUGCCAGGCUCUGUGUGUGUGUGUGUGUUGAGUGCCCAGGAUUUCAGGUUUGGGUUUGGUUUGUACGAAUAGGCGAGACGGUGUUGGCAAACGCCUGGAGUUUGGCAAGCGGUGCGGGUGUUACAGAAAAGCUAGAUACCCUACUCUUGAUCCUUUUGAAUAUAGUUAAUACAUAUAACAAUUACAUUUGCGUUUAGUGCAAGUUCGGUAUAUUGCCUUGUUUCGG